AUGCCCCCGCGCCCGCAUUCCAUCUCAGAGCUUGCAAACUUUGCAAAAGAUGCGACGCAGCCAGCCCAGAAAAGCGUAAAAGAUUGGCUCAGGCUCGCCGACGCACUCAGGAAGCAGGGCCAGCAGGCGACCGCAGAGGGCGACAUCCAAGCAGGGUUUCUGUAUCUCGCGAGGAGCGCAACAUAUAUUCUCGAAAAGAUCCCAAAACAUCCAAACUACGACGAACUCACCGAGACGCAAAUGGCCAACCUCAAGAGCAAUGGCCACGAAAUACUCCACAAUCUUGAACAGCUCAAGCCCCGCCUGGCGGACAGAUACGAACAGUGGCUGGCCAAGGAUCCGGCGAAUGCGAGUGUGCCCUCCGAGCUGCUUAUGUACUAUGGAAGCUCUAUCAACCCUGUAGUUGUCUCCAGGGCGCGCCGGCAGGAGAGCUUUCGCAGUGAUCACUCGCAGACUCGGGCUGCCGUUUCUCAGCAACCUCCAAACGCGACGAUGCACCACUCGUCGUCGAUAGGAGACUUAACCCGAGACAUGAACGGGAUGCAACUCAAUCAGAGUCCCGUCGACGACCGUAGGGCGCGUGCCGCUGCAGAGAUUGCACGGAGGGCUCAAGAGGAUGCUGCGCGGAGACAGUGGCAGGAAAGGCAACAAGCAGAAGCAGCAGAGGCAGAACGAAGGCGUGUGGAAGAGCAGGCCGCGCGGAUAGCGCAGGAGGAGGCAGCCAGGCGGCAAUGGGAUUUUGACGAGUUUGAGACGACAACGCGACGAGCAACGCCGCGCUUCCGAGCUGCUGGAGACCGCUACGUGCCCCAGAGCUCGCGGUACCAAGAGAGCUCGAUCUCUUCGGGUUCAAAUGCUAGGUACUUUGACGCUAUUCCUCAUCAUCCUCUCCAGGAUCCAUCGGUAAUACGGAACGACAGACAGCAGUCUCCGAAUUGGCCCGGAGAACACACCCCCGUCGCUGGAAGAUCGCAUCCGUACACACCGUUGGACACUUCAUUCAAUAAUUCCCAUAUUGAGUAUCCUCAGCUGAUGUCGGCGCAUCAACGCGCCCAGGGUUAUCAGCCAUCUGUCAUGUUCUCAUCACCAGCUUCAGCUAGACGUGGCUCGUCGAACCUGUAUAACAUUACUCUCCCACAUCAAUCACCUACUGUCCAAUACCCACCACCUCGAACCUCGAGUAUGGUUCAACAAUCUCAAUACUCGCCCGCACCUCCACCAAUGCAGCAGCAACAGCAGCAACUAGUGAGCCCGACCGAUUAUUACGCCAAUGAUAGAAAUACACCAAAGAGUCAUCACGUCAGCACCCACCGGAGGUCUUCAUCGAUCCCAGAGGUCCAGCCACACCCACUUGGGUUCCGGCCAAUUGACAUGCCGGCGGAGCUGCUCGAUCGCUUCCUUGGCGUCGCACAUUUGAACACGCUGAGAAAGAUUGAGACGUGCGGGUUGCUGCUGGGAAAGCAGCGCGGCGCGGGUUUCACCAUCAGUACCCUGCUUAUCCCGGAGCAGCGAGGGACAACGGACACUUGUAUUAUGGAGUGUGAAGAACUGGUUGUAGAGUUUUCGACUGGGAGGGAUCUACUGACGCUAGGUUGGAUUCAUACUCAUCCAACUCAAUCUUGCUUCAUGUCUUCGUUGGACCUACACACCCACUCGGCGUACCAAAGCACAUUGAAAGAGGCGAUAGCCAUUGUCUGUGCUCCCUCCUCUGACCCCAGAUUUGGAAUCUUCCGACUAACUGAUCCACCUGGUCUUGACGUCGUGAUGAACUGUCGAGCCAAGGAAACAUUCCAUCCACAUCCGGAGAACAUUGCUAUUUAUACGGAUUGUGAUGGGUCGCAUGUACGACUGGUGAGCGGGAUGCACCUGGAGAUUGUCGAUUUGCGAAACAGACACGACUUUUCGUCGAGCGAAGGAACGGCAGCGUAG